GCGGCACCAACCGGGCUGAUCAGGAGCCACAUAACCUGGGCCCGGGGCCACCCGAGGGCGCUCAUCACCAGCAUAAAUAGCUCCGGCGGCCGGCGGCUCGGCUCACUAGUCACUACCGGCGGAGCACAGCGGUCGCCACGUGCCUGACGGAAUCGGACGCUGCAGUCCAGAGGUCACCGAGGGUUGUCAGUGUAGCCUGAGUGAAAAUCUCUCCGGGAGUUGCCAUGGCACCGCCCGCGCCGACUGAGGAGACCCGCUCGUCCUCCCGGCCACUGACCGAGGACGAGUUUAUUCGACCCGACCUGCCCUCCAAGUGCACCUGGCAGCUGGGCGCCGACCCGGCCACCAACCCGCACCACCGCCAGUGUCCCCGGGAGCGACUCAACCUUUCACCCGACAUUCUGCACGAGAUCGGACGCACUCCGCUGGUCAGGCUCAACAAGAUCCCCCAGUCACUGGGACUCAAGUGCGAAAUGUACGUGAAGUGCGAGUAUUUCAACGCCGGCGGCAGCGUCAAGGACCGCAUCGCCUUGCGCAUGGUGGAAGAGGCCGAGAAGGACGGCAGGCUCAAGCCGGGAGGCACCCUGAUCGAGCCCACCUCCGGAAACACAGGCAUCGGCAUAGCUCUGGUGGCGGCCGUCAAGGGCUACCGCACCAUCAUCGUGAUGCCGGAGAAGAUGUCCAACGAGAAGGUGGCCGUGCUGCGCGCCCUGGGAGCGGAGAUUGUCCGCACGCCGACGUCCGCCCACUGGGACUCGCCAGAGAGCCACAUCUCCGUGGCGCAGCGGCUCAAGAAAGAGAUUCCCGGCGCUGUAAUUCUGGAUCAGUACCGAAACAAGGAUAACCCGCUGGCGCACUACGACACGACGGCGGCGGAGAUCCUGGAACAGUGCGGAGGACAGGUGGACAUGGCCGUCGGAGGUACUGGCACCGGCGGCACCAUCACCGGCCUGGGGCGCCGAUUCAAGGAGGUCAAUCCGAAGUGUGUGAUCGUUGGUGUGGACCCGCACGGUUCCGUGCUCGGACAUGACAAGGAGGAGGAUGUCGAGGGCGUGUUCUUCGAGGUCGAGGGGAUCGGCUACGACUUCUACCCGACCGUACUUGACCGUAAGAUCGUGGACAAAUGGGUCAAGACCAGAGACAAGCCAUCAUUCCUGAUGGCGCGCCGCCUUAUCCGGGAGGAGGGGCUGCUGUGCGGCGGCAGCAGCGGGACCGCGGUCUGGGCGGCCUGCGAGGCGGCCCGUGAUUUGCCGGAGGGCUCUCGUGUGGUGGUCGUCCUUCCGGACAGCGUCAGGAACUACAUGACCAAGUUCCUCGACGACGAGUGGAUGAAAGACCACCAGUUCCUCGACGUCGGCGAAGCAAAACACGGCACCUGGUGGGGCCAGCUACGCGUCUCAGCACUGAAGGUGACCACACCCAUGACGGUGCUGCCGGAGGUCACUGUACAGGACGCCGUCGAUAUCAUGAAGAGGGAGAGAUUCGACCAGCUGCCCGUCAUCAACGACGCAGGAAAAGUGCUGGGCAUGGUGUCACUGGGCAUGCUGGUGGCGAAACUGGCGCACCACAGGGUCGAGCCGACCACACCAGUCGGAGAGGUGCUCUACGGACAGUUUAACAAGGUUAAUCUGGACCACUCUCUGGGCACGCUGUCUCAGUAUCUGGAGAAGGACCACUUUGCACUCGUCGUACAGGAGCAGAAAGUUUUCAAGGAUAAGGAGCACACGGACACCAAGGAAGUCAUUGUUGGUCUGGUCACCCAGUUGGACCUCCUUUCCUACAUCAUGGAGUACGAGCAGAAGCACAAGAUGGACACAGAAGGACCCGGCGCCAGCGCACAGUGAACGACGAAAGAGCACCUCUUUUGCCUGGGGGGGGGGGAGGCGUAAUUGAAGAGGGCAGCGCCGAUGGAAUCGUGCGCGCAGCAUCCGACUUCUGGGGCCAGGGGUCUCAGAAUCGUGACAGCGGGGGACGGAGGCAUGACUGAGUGGCGUGUGAACUACCGUUAUCAGCCUGGUAGUGCCACGUUAGCCGUUAAUCGUAAGAUUUGCAAGUGCGGCGCGUAUAUAAGGCUUGUAUUGCUGGGGUUACAGCCAGCCCUUCCAGAACUCAGCAAUCAUUCACGGCGCUAUUAUGAAGCUUAUUUCUUUGUGCAAUAUAUGCUAUACUAUGUGAAUCUU